UGGCAGAACCCAGAAGCGCAAAACACAUCCGUUUGUCACAGAGGGACUGCACAGACACCAUGAGAUCUGCCGCUGAGCCCCAGGAGCAUGGCACAGGGGCUGUCAGGAUGGGCUCUUGUGUUUGUGCUCAAGCUUGAACAGACCUGAGGACCUUUACAAAUCCAGAGGGUAAUGCAUGGAGUGCUCCUGGGCAAAGACAUCACAAGGAUCCAAUGACCAGACUCACUCAACUGGCUUGGAGAAGUUGUUUAUUGAUGGAGAAAUAUAACCAGGAUCUGAAAAAAAAUACCUAACCAGGAACUCCAGAAUCCGGCUACGUGUGACAUUGUUGUCCCCAAAGCCCUGCAUGGACGUUGGUGGGAGGUGGCAGCAGGAGAGGACAGGGAGUCCCUGAUGUGCUGACGGCCGACCAUGUCUGGGAAACACUGGCCCCCCGGGACACAGUGUGUCACCAAGCAUGACCACACCAAGCCCAAGCCCCAGGAGCUGGCCUUCCACAAGGGUGACGUGGUCACCAUCAUUGAGGCCGUGGAGGGCAAAGGCUGGUACCGCGCCAGACACAACGAGACAGGGCAGGAGGGGCUGAUGGCGGCCAGUGCGCUGCGACAGCGCGGCGCCAUCCGUGCCGACCCCAAGCUCAGCCUCAUGCCUUGGUUCCAUGGGAAGAUCUCGGGGGCGGAGGCAGUGCAGGAGCUGCAGCCCCCUGAGGACGGGCUGUUCCUGGUGCGCGAGUCUGUCCGGCACCCCGGGGACUACGUGCUGUGCGUGAGCUUUGGCAAGGAGGUGAUCCACUACCGCGUGGUGCACGAGGAGAACACGCUCAGCAUCGACAGCCAGCAGCACUUCUCCAACCUCAUCGACAUGAUCGAGCACUACAUGAAGGAGCAGGGAGCCAUCUGCACCAAGCUGGUGAAGCCCAAGCCAAAAAGCGGGAUGAAGUCAGCCGAGGAGGAGUUGGCCAAAGCCGGCUGGUUGCUGAACCUGCAGCACCUCACGCUGGGAGACCGCAUUGGGCAAGGCGAGUUUGGAGACGUGCUGCAGGGCGAGUAUAUGGGGCAGAAGGUAGCCGUGAAGAACAUCAAGUGCGAUGUGACUGCCCAGGCCUUCCUCACUGAAACAGCGGCCAUGACGAAGGUCCGGCACAAAAACCUGGUGUGUUUGCUCGGUGUCAUCCUGCACAACGGCCUCUACAUCGUGAUGGAGUUCAUGAGCAAGGGCAACCUGGUGAACUUCUUGCGCACACGGGGCCGGGCACUUGUCCCAACCCAGCAGCUCCUCCUCUUCGCUCUGGAUGUGGCUCAAGGCAUGGACUACCUGGAGUCCAAGAAGCUGGUGCACAGGGACCUGGCUGCUCGCAACAUCCUCAUCUCUGAGGAGAAUGUGGCCAAAGUGAGUGAUUUUGGCUUGGCCAGGGUCGAUCCUAAGGGUGCAGACGCCACUUUGCUGCCCAUCAAGUGGACGGCCCCGGAGGCCCUGAAACACAACAAAUUCUCCUCCAAGUCGGAUGUGUGGAGCUAUGGAAUCCUCCUGUGGGAAACCUUCUCUUUCGGACGCGCGCCCUACCCCAAGCUGAGCCUGAAGGAGGUGACGGAGCUGCUGGAGCAGGGGUACCGCAUGGAGCCCCCCGAGGGCUGCCCACCCGCUGUCUAUGCCCUGAUGAAGAGUUGCUGGGCGCUGGAGCCAGGCAAGCGGCCGUCCUUCAAGAAGCUCACUGAGAAGCUGCAGAAGGAGCUGAAGCACCUGGGGGAUGUUUAAGCCCUGUCCCAUCCCAGGACCCAUGGCCAGAAGCCCCCUGGACCCACCAGGGUUGGGACUAUCAUCACAGCAAUGGGUGGCCGGGCAGCAGGGGAACCUGUGCCACCACUCUCAAGGUGGAGAUGGGGCAGCAGCUGAAGGGGAACCUCUUCUACCCCAGGGCACCCAAAGAGGAGGCAACAGCCUCCUCCGUCCUGGCACGGGGCCUUCCUCCUACCACACAGCCCAGAGGAGGUUCCCAUGGGGUACAUCCUAUGGAGUGUGGGGUCCCCUCGAGCUGCCCAUCCCAGUGACGGGGACAGGACGGAACAACUCCACCCGCUGGAGGAUGGAACCUGAACCCUGAGGCAGCCCUGCUCCAGCCACUGCCCGCAGCAGCUAAACCACGCGGAUUUGGGCUUUUUUGAUUAAACUAAAUUAAUUCAACAGCCUC